UUUGCAGGGAAGUGGUAUUUUACCAUAUGAUUAAAAAAAAAAAACAAUUGGGAGGCAUAGGAGAAGUCGUCGAAAUAGACGAGUCAAAAUUUGGACGCCGUAAAUAUCACAGAGGACACCGGGUAGAAGGCCAGUGGGUAUUUGGUGGUUAUGAACGGGGAAGUGGAGAUUGCUUCUUAAUUCCAGUGGAAGACAGAAGCGCAGAAACAUUAGUACGGAUAAUCGAAGAGUGGAUAAAACCAGGCACGACGAUUAUUUCCGAUUGCUGGAAGGUACGUAUUAUUUAGCACUAUAAUAAAGGGUGAUCGGUCAAAAUAAAAUAAAAUUAGGAAAAUACAAAAUAAUAAAUAAAACCGUUGCCGUCGCUCGUCGC